GGAAGCAAAGAAGAAGAUUUUUAAACUCUUACCCGAACUGCAGCAUACCUGAUGCAAGGUUAAUGCGAUGAGAAAUGGAAUCUCUUCCUGUAUUUUAAGGGUAUUUAGAUCCGAAUGUAGUCCGAAACGCUCUGUAAUGUGCCUUCAUCUCGGCAUGCAGGUACCUCAAAGAGUGGGAUAUUUUGUACCCACCUAUGUUCGCACCCCUGCUUGUGACAUCUCGCAUUUUCCAGAUCGCAACCGCUCCGUUCCCAACAUCUGCUAUCAGUAGAGGGCUGCGAUCCAGCCCUUCUCGGCACAACCCUCGCCAACGCCGCCGCCUGCAGCACGAGGAUAUACCGCCACCCAUGACACGAUGGGCAAUAGCUCAAGCCGUAUAACGGCGCAAGACCAAGCAAUCCUCGACCUCAAGACCCAACGCGACAAGCUGCAGCGGUACCAGCGGCGGAUCACGCACCUGACGGACCGCGAGACGGAGGCGGCGCGGCAGCUGCUGGCGCGGGGCGACCGCGCGCGCGCGCUGCUGGCGCUGCGGCGCAAGAAGUACCAGGAGUCGCUGCUGGCCAAGACGGACGCGCAGCUGGCGCAGCUCGAGCAGCUGACCGCGUCGGUCGAGUUCGCGCUGAUCCAGAAGGACGUGCUGUUCGGCCUGCGCCAGGGCACGCAGGUGCUGCGCGAGAUCCAGGCCGAGAUGGGCGGCAUUGAGAACGUCGAGAAGCUGAUGGGCGAGACUGCCGAGGCGAUCGCUUACCAGCGGGAGGUUAGCGAAAUCCUCGGGGGGAGGAUGUCCGCCCAAGACGAGGAAGAGGUCGAGGACGAGCUGGCGGCGCUCCAGGCCGAGGUAGCAGGCACCGCCGGCCCGCAGAGUUUACCCAGUGUUCCUGAUACCCAGUUGCCGGCACAAGAAGUAGCGGAGGAGGGCGCGCCCGAACCGGCGGAACGCCAGGCGCAGAGGGAGAGGCAGGCGAUGCUGGCUUCAUAGACUGGCGUGGGAGUUGAACGGUGAUGACGUUAUGCAUGGGCGGCGCUAGGCGGUUACAGCAAUGGUUGGUUAAUGAUUAAGCUGCUUGGAUGUACCAGGCAUAUUUUCCUUCAUCGUGCGGUGCUGCGUAAUGAU